AUGACACAAUAUAUCCCACGUGGUAAUCGUUUUCAUCCACGAGAAAUUGUAGGUGUGACAUUCGUUGUUAAUCAUUGGUCUAAUAGAUCCGAAUGGCUCACUGAUGGCGAUCCUUUUAGUCGUGGACAUCAAUAUAAUCAUCAUAUGUGGUAUUCUCUUCCGUGGACAUUUGAUGAGUUCUUUCACGAAUAUAUUCCAAAACAAUGGAUCACUAAAAUAGAAGUGUUUGAAAAACCAAUAACACUGAUGAGAGUUGAUCAAUCAUCUCUUCGGACUCUACAUGCAGCAGGUCAAAUAUUGGCAUCACCUAUAUUCUCUUUACCUCAUGUAGCAUUAUCCGAUUGUAUUGAAACGUUGCAUUUGUCCUAUUAUAAUAAACCUAUCAAUAUACAAUUAUCCUCUCUUCGCAAUAUAACUCUGGUCAACAGCAUCAAUUGUUUGAAUUAUUGUUCUGCAUUUCCACCAACUAUUCAUUCUAUUCGUAUUCUGCUUUUUUAUUAUCUUCCUAACUAUAUGCUACCAAACUGCCCAGUGAUUUUGGAUUCACUUUCAAAGUUGCCACAAUUGAGUUCGUUACGUAUAUUUAUGUAUGACUUGAUAAAAACUGUCGAUAAUAAAAGUUGUCAAAUGAUCGCAAACAUGGCAUCGAAAUUCAGUGAUUUUGGCUUUUGCUUUCGAUAUAAAUUCGACUUGCAAAGUGAUAGCGAAUUCGACGCUGUAUUUAAAGAUCAUCCAAAAUUUAUUAAGCAAUUAUGUGAUCGAAUACUUAAGUUAUCUCCGGACAAGCAACCUUGUUAUCCAAUUGAAGAUGAGGGUUGUGGACUCACAAUGUGGUUUUGA